AAUAGCCGGGCAUUGUGGUGGGCACCUGUAGUCCCAGCUACUUGGAAGGCUGAGACAAGAGACUCGCUUAAGCCCAGGAGUUGGUGUUUGCUAUAAGCUGUGAUGCCAUGGCACUCUACCCAGGGCAACAGCUUGAAGCUCUGUCUUAAAAAACAAAAAUUCCAGAAGUUCAUUCCUACCUCCAGGUUCUUAGCUUUGAUGAGUUAGCUGCUAGUACCCUAGAGUUCUCAAACCAUAUUGUGAAUCCUUUGAUUCUAGGGCAAGGAUUCUUGACUCUGCAAUCAUAAAAUUCCAGGCUCCAUGCUUAGAGCUUCGGAUGUAUUUACAGAAAAUGAACAGCUGGGACUCAGAGAGGUGGACUAACCUGCCUGAGGUCACACAGCCCAUCAGAAGAAUUUGCCCCCCAGGCCUGAUCACUGCAGAAUCAGCUCUGGGCAUUGAAGGGUCUAUGACUCUAGGAUAAAAAGUCCAGAUUCUAACUUGAAAAUAGCAUGUAUUUAUUACUUACUUUAUGUCGGGCAACUUACAUGCUUGGGCUCAGCCGAUGCUCAAAAGAGUCCUGUGAGAUCAGCCCCGGUAUAAGUUGUGUUUUCCAGAUGCCUAUUCCAAGAGUAAAUCGUGGCUUCCAGAGGGAAGGCUGGUGGGAGUGGGGGACACCAGUAGUUAGGGGAGAGGCCACGAUUGGAACGGGCUUGUCGGGCUAGCCAUUGAACUCUACUGGCUCUCUGCACUCCCAGAGUCUGUCAGUUGCACACUCCGCGAUUUCUAGCUGAGUCUCUGAUUCCAUAUUAGAGAUGAGAAAUCCUGGACUCUGGGGGAUUUCCUGAGGCCACAAAGGAUUUGAUCAAACACAUACAGGGCUUUCUCCAGCUUUAGGUGUGAUUUAAUUCAAAGUCUCUGCCCGCUCCCGGGUGCAGCGAGUCGGGGAGGCAGGAAUCCCCCGCUCCGGCUAGCUCAGGGGUCCCCACCAAAUCCCGCGAACCCCGGUGACGCCGCCUUUGGCUGCCCCUCCGCUGGGCGCCCCCGGCUCCAGGCAGCUCGAGUGCGCGGGACCACUGCUCGGGGGCCGAGCGGAGACAGGAACAAUGGCCCCCUCCCCUCCCCUGGCCGGUGGAGGGUGGGGUCUCCCCGCCCCGCCUCCCCGCUCCUCCCCCGACAAGGCGAUGAGGUAAUCGCGCCGCCGAGAGGCACGCGCAGCCGGUGCCCAGCCCGGUCGGUCCUAGUUCUCUCCGCGCCCCUGCCCCGCCGGCCGCCGCCCCCCGCGCCGCGCCGGCCGCACCAUGACCGAGCGCUGCAGCCUGUGGAGCGCGCUGUCGGCCGCAGCCUGCUGCUUCUACCGCGGCUCCUUCGUGCAGGUGCAGUUCUCAAAGGAGAAGUACAUCCUGGACUCAUCACCAGAGAAACUGCACAAGGAGUUGGAGGAGGAGCUCAAACUCAGCAGCACGGAUCUCCGCAGCCAUGCCUGGUACCAUGGCCGCAUCCCCCGAGAGGUUUCAGAGACCUUGGUACAACGUAAUGGUGACUUCCUCAUCCGGGACUCGCUCACCAGCCUGGGUGACUAUGUGCUCACAUGUCGCUGGCGCAACCAGGCCUUGCACUUCAAGAUCAACAAGGUGGUGGUGAAGGCAGGGGAGAGCUACACCCACAUCCAGUAUCUGUUUGAGCAGGAGAGCUUCGACCAUGUGCCUGCCCUGGUGCGGUACCAUGUGGGCAGCCGCAAGGCUGUGUCGGAGCAGAGUGGUGCCAUCAUCUACUGCCCUGUCAACCGCACCUUCCCUCUGCGCUACCUUGAGGCCAGCUACGGCCUAGGCCAGGGCAGCAGCAAGGCUGCCAGCCCCACCAGCCCCUCAGGCCCUAAGGGCAGCCACAUGAAGCGGCGCAGUGUCACCAUGACCGACGGGCUCACCGCAGACAAGGUCACCCGCAGUGAUGGCUGCCCCAGCAGCACAUCACUGCCCCACCCUCGGGACUCCAUCCGCAGCUGCGCCCUCAGCAUGGACCAGAUUCCAGACCUCCACUCACCCAUGUUACCCAUCUCCGAGAGCCCCAGCUCCCCUGCCUACAGCACAGUAACCCGUGUCCAUGCCACCCCUGCAGCCCCCUCUGCCACAGCACUGCCUGCCUCCCCUGUCACCCGCCGCUCCAGUGAGCCCCAGCUGUGUCCUGGAAGUACCCCAAAACCCCCUGGGGAGUUGGACAAGGGCUCUCAUGCAAGCCCCUCCCACACCCUCUGCAAGUCCUCCCCAUCACCAUCGCUGAGCAGCUACAGUGACCCAGACUCUGGCCAUUACUGCCAACUACAGCCACCAAUCCGCAGCAGCCGAGAGUGGGCAGUGACUGAGGCCUCCAGCCGGCAGGCCAGGAGCUAUGGGGAGAAGCUAAAGGAACUGUCAGAAAAUGGGACCCCUGAGGGGGACUGGGGUAAGACCUUCACAGUCCCUAUUGUGGAAGCCACUUCUUCCUUCAACCUGGCCACCUUCCAAUCACUACUGAUCCCCAAGGAUAACCGGCCACUGGAGGUGGGCCUUCUGCGCAAGGUCAAGGAGCUGCUGACAGAGGUGGAUGCCCGGACGCUGGCCCGGCAUGUCACCAAGGUUGACUGCUUGGUUGCUAGGAUACUGGGCGUUACCAAGGAGAUGCAGACCCUAAUGGGAGUCCGCUGGGGCUUGGAGCUCCUCACCCUCCCCCACGGUCGGCAGCUGCGACUAGACCUGCUGGAAAGGUUCCACACCAUGUCUAUCAUGCUGGCUGUGGACAUCCUGGGCUGCACGGGCUCCGCUGAGGAGCGGGCAGCGCUGCUGCACAAGACAAUCCAGCUGGCAGCCGAGCUCCGGGGGACCAUGGGCAACAUGUUCAGCUUCGCUGCGGUCAUGGGCGCCCUGGACAUGGCCCAGAUUUCCCGGCUGGAGCAGACAUGGGUGACCCUGCGGCAGCGACACACUGAGGGUGCCAUCCUAUAUGAGAAGAAGCUCAAGCCUUUUCUCAAGAGCCUCAACGAGGGCAAAGAAGGCCCACCACUGAGUAACACAACCUUUCCUCAUGUGCUGCCACUCAUCACUCUGCUGGAGUGUGACUCAGCCCCAGCAGAGGGACCUGAGCCCUGGGGCAGCACAGAACAUGGCGUAGAGGUGGUGCUGGCCCACCUGGAGGCUGCCCGGACUGUAGCACACCACGGAGGCCUGUACCACACCAAUGCUGAGGUCAAGCUGCAGGGUUUCCAGGCCCAGCCAGAACUCCUGGAGGUGUUCAGCACUGAGUUCCAGAUGCGCCUCCUCUGGGGUAGCCAGGGUGCCAGCAGCAGCCAGGCCCGGCGCUAUGAAAAGUUCGACAAGGUCCUCACUGCCUUGUCCCAUAAACUGGAGCCUGCCAUCCGCUCCAGUGAGCUGUGACCCCCAAAGACCUAUCCCUCUGUAGCUGUGGGGCAGAGGGGCACAGACCUUUCCCCAGAGCACCCCAGGGACACUGUGAUCAGCCCGAGAAUGUUCUGGGUUCAACUCCGGGAUCUCCUUUGCACCUCCAGGGUCCUGUGUGGACUCUGGGCUCUACCCCAUUCUACCACUACCACGGCUACACACUCGUCAAGUCUCCCUUGGGGAAGAACAGGAACCUCUGUCCUUCCACCAGCUUUUGCUGCUCCCCUUCCAAUGGAAGUUCUCUGUUUUUGAGCCAGGGGAGGCUCCUUAUGACUCCUCAAUCUCCAUCUGUCCCUCACCGACACCAGGUCCGCCAUCUUGCUGUAAAUAAGCCCAUCUGUUCUGUAAAUAGAUGUACAGAAGCCAUGUUCUUUCUUUCAUAUAAUAAACUUUUAUGACUCUUU